UGGUGGAAAGGAGACAGAAGGAGGCGGCGCCACUCGCCCGACCAAUACGCCUGAUGGACGCUCACGCAUGCCUAUGGAGAGGGAAACCGGACUUUUCCUGCAUCCUUAUAAGGAUGUUCAUGUGGGCGCGUGUCCUAAUAUAUACAUCUCAGGUUCCUCCUCCGAUCCACUCCGACGUGGACAUCCAUCAAAUGAUCCUGGGAUGUGUGUGUCCAGGUGUCUGCGCUGCGUAGGCGUGGCUCUGGUUGCCUUGGCGACCGUGUGCGCUGUGGCCAACGUCCUGCUGCUGCUGCCUGAGCUGAAGGUCCACUUCCUGUUGGAAGGUCACGUGACCAGAGAGGCCUCCUGGGCCACGGGACUGUGGAGCUCCGGACUCUUGGUUGUGCUUGGUGCUCGAGCUUUUUUGCAGAGCAGCCACACAGCGGGAUGCUGUGCCUUCAGGACACAGAUGUUGCGUCAGGCCUUGUACUCGUGUGCAUGUCUGCUGUCUUCUGCUUUCUGUUGUCUGGUUAGCUUCACAGGGCUGGUCCAAGGUCCUCAUUGUCUCUACAACACUACAAGUGGACCAGCCUGGGGUGUGCCACUUCAACCCACCGCUGACAGGGAUGCCGGAUACCUAUACAACAGAAGUCUGUGGUCAGGGGUAUGUUUGGAGCCCAAGAGUGUGGUCCAGUGGAAUGUAAUUCUCUUUAGCAUACUAGGGGGCGCUAGUGGGCUGCAGGCCCUCCUCUGCGCCGCCAACGUCAUCAAUACCUUGCUGGGUGUCGUCUUGGGACGCGGUGUGGGUAACAAUAAGGUGGGCCCCGUUUCAGUGUGACAUGGCGGUAAUGACAUCAGGUGAACGCCACUAUUUUUUAAUUAACUGCACUUUACAACCAAUUAAGCUGAACUCCGAGCACACAACUUGAAGAAAAUAAGCUAAUCGACAUCUAAUAGAUUUGUUCUGUUUCAAUUUAUCAUUAAUUCACGUUGAAUUCAUAAGAAAAUGUAAGUAUAGUGACAUGAUUGCAGGUUAUUUUGGUCCUCGUUUCCUGCCCACAGAAUUAUUUAUUAGUAGUAGUAAUUGUUGAUUAAACCUGUUUAUUUUUAACUGCCAAUUCAAUGAUCAUUAUUUAAAUGGUGUUAACAAGCUUCACUGAUUCAACUGUUUAUUUAUUUUUAAUGUCAAUGUAGCUGUUUAUAACAUAUUACAAAUGUAUUAGCGUAAAUUAAAUACAACCGUUUUUUAAUACUAUUCUCGUUUACACUUAAGUGACUGGCAAUACAGUAUUCUACCUCCAGGUGGUGCUGUUUCCUCUGUAAAACCUCAAGAAGCAAUAGUAAUGAAUGUACUUCAAAUUAAUGUUCUCAUAUUUUGUACGUUUAUUUUUUUCUGUCAACCAGUUGAUUCAUUGUGGUCAAUUGUUCCAAACUCUUGCCUGAAGUACAAAAUAAAAUACCAUAAAGUGCAACUAGAA